AUGGGAAGCAAAAGCGCAACCAAGGCGAAGGCCGGCUCUUCCAAGGGAACGGCCAACGCGGCCCCGCAGGGUCAGAAGGGUUCAGGCGUUUGCGUUGACAAGGAUACGGUGCUGGCUGUGGUGGAGAUGAAGUUUGGUAGAAUGAACCGUUACAUUUGCCGGUUGAUAGACAAGACGGAGGCUGGCUACUGCAACGUGGUCGCCGUGUCUGUUUUCGAAGGCUACGUAAGUGACGUGAUUCUCGUCGAGUUCGCUGGUGCCAAGGAGGAUGUGAUAAAGCAGUAUAGGUCGGAAUCGGAUGUGGCGCAAUUGAUGCCGGCCGGCAUGUGGACGGUCAUGUGGAGCCGUGCUGCCAACGCUUUCCGCGACAGGUUCCAAGAGGUGGCCAAGGAGUACAACACGAUCUCCAAGGACCGCGCAGCUCUCUCGGAGGCUCUUUUUCCGGCGCUGUGGUUCUACAACCCUUCGGAGUCGAUCGAAGCCGAGAAGGCCGCGAAGACCAAGAUGGCGACCGACAUGAUCACAUGCGCUGCGUUGUGUGCCGCAUUUGCACCUCGGGCCGCGAAAGUCACGGGCGUCAAGCCGGAGCGGUUAUCUGGGAUCUUUGCCGGGACAGCAUGCGCGAUGUGGUGCUUUUCGGAGACCAAUGCCACGGCGGAGGCCGCGGGCGGUGAAAAGGGGGGCGGCAACCACUAUGCGCGAAGCGUCCUUUGA